AGAUAGUGAGUAGCGUAGUCAAUAAGAGAACAGCAUUCGUGAUAUUUAUACUGAAACGUGAUAGAGGGGGUAGAGGUGAGAAGAAAUUUUGUCAGAUUGACUCGAUGCGACGAGGAUCGAGACGACCUGUCUUUAAAAAGUCGAACCGACUCACCGAUUUUUUUCGAAUUUUAUGAUUUUUUGGACGGAGUAUCUUCAAUCAUAAGACACGACACAUUUAACUGCGCAAGACUAGCAUAAUGUUUGGUCAUUAAAUGGAACCACAUUAGAGGAAUUACGUAUAUCGCUAGUGCACUAGGAGUUACUCAACGGCUUAGGGCGGAAUGUGGAAGACUGGGUUAUAAUUCAUUGCGCCCACAUUCUUCACCAGCGGCAACAUCAUUUUCAAAAUGGCGGAUUAAUCGACAGAUUUUAAACUACUCCUGAUCAACUCCAUAUGGAUGAAAAUUUGUCUGGCAAAACUCUUCGCCGUGUAAGUUGUGUUGCUGCUAUAGCCUCUAAUCUAGGAAUUGGCAACAACGGCAAGUUACCUUGGCCAUCGCUAAGGACAGACUUGGAGUUUUUACAGAGAAUUACAACAGAAGUCAGAGAUAAAGGUAAAUGGAAUGCUGUAUUGUUGGGGAGAAAAACUUGGGAAUCUCUUGAUCCAACUCAGCAACCCCUCCCAGGCAGACUUAAUGUUGUCAUCAGUAAAACUCUAAAGUGUCCUCCUUGUGGUGCUCAUCAUGUUUGUGACAGUGUCUCAUCAGCAGUGCAAAUGUUAUCUAAUUCUCCUUUUAAUGAUACAGUGGAAGAAAUUUUUGUGCUCGGUGGCACUGAAGUGUAUAGGGAAGCGAUAGAGUCUACCUACUGUUACAGAAUAUACUUGACGGAAAUACACAAGGAAUUUGAGUCAGACACCUUUUUUCCAACGUUCAACAAGAAUACUUACAGACUUGUAAGUUCCCCCAGAGAAGUUCCUCAAGGUGACAUCGAAGAAAAUCAAAUCCAAUACAGAUUUUGUGUGUAUGAAAAACAAGGCUAACAGUGAGAAGAGAGCUGAGGAAAUUAAUGUUUAAAUCUCUCCCAUUGCCGUUUCCUUUCGGAUAGCACAAGAGGUUUGAUAUAGCUUGGGGCGAGAGACAAAGAAGGGGAAACGAAUUUUGCGUCCAGAUCGCGCCCCUAAGCUUUCAUACGCAACUUGGGCUAUCAGAAAGAACGCAGCUGGUACGCGGGCGACCUUGACGGUCACUUAUUUAUCACCCUGAUAGAGAGCCUGGUAGCAGGCUAACAACGAUACUAGAGAAAUUAUUUGUGUUUAGAUAGGUCCACAAGGAAAGACUGACAUUGUCCAUAAAAGACGUGGAAAAUUUUCGCACCUGAACAUUUCAGACAAAACUGAACGUGCAACCUCUCACCGUCAGUGGCAAAUAAUGCAACCAAAAUUUCAAAUGUACAGACCGUUUUGAUUUGUGCUUGGAGAUUUUUUACCUAACAUCCCUCUCCAUCUCCAUAUUCACGUCGUCACUAUCAUAUUUUUCUGCGCCCAAAGGAAUUAUCUGAGGCUGCUUCAAAGGACUACUCUUUUUCGAUUGUACUCUGCAGUUAAUUUCAUUGAAGUGUGUGUAAACAUAAUAAUUCAAUAAUUCACUCUUUAAAUAAUCUUAAAAUGUCCGAAAUUUUUAGAGAAACAACAUAAUUUUGAAAGUGUUAUGUCGAAAGUUUUUGUUCGAAAAUGUCUGAGAGUUUCGAACUUAACGUGUAUAACGCGCACUAAAUAAAACAAAAGCACUUCAUUAGAAGAACGCUAAUAUUAGUGGUAUAGUUAGGGCUGUAAAUUUAAAAUUCUCACUCAAUUAUUUA